UCUACAUCCGGUUGGCUGGGCUGAAGCUGUCGCAGACUUACACAAUAAUGGAUGCCUCUAAGUCUUCAAAGAAGCGUAAGGCAGUUACUCGAGAUAUUGAGGAGGCAGCAGGUGUGUUCUCUGGGGAUGAAUUGCAGGCUGGCGACCUAAACGGCGCGCUUUCAGAUAUUGCACACGAUCUGUCCAGCGACGAGGACGUCAGCGAUUCGGAAAUCGAAUUGGUGGACGAUUUUAGCGACGAAGAAGGUGGAGAUGAAGAGGAGGAGCUCAAUAGCGACGAAAUCCCUUCUGACGGGGAGGAACCUCCUAAGAAGACUUCGACCGCCAUUGAUGGUGAAAGCUCCAGCGAAGAGGGCCAGUUGAACUACCGCAUUGAAAAGGAUGCCAAUGGAAAUGACCGCUACGUUUAUGAUGAGAUAAACCCGGACGACAAUUCAGAAUAUUCCGAUGUGGAAGAGAAUGCCAACACAAUCGGCAACAUUCCCUUGUCUUUCUACGAUCAGUAUCCCCAUAUCGGCUACGAUAUCAAUGGAAAGAAAAUCAUGCGGCCUGCUACAGGCGAAGCCCUGGAUGCGCUGCUUGAUAGUAUUGAAAUUCCCAAGGGCUGGACUGGUCUUACUGAUCCCUCGACCGGCAAGCCACUAGAAUUGAGCCAGGAUGAGCUGGAGUUGUUGCGCAAAGUCCAGAUGAACGAAAUACCUGAAGAAGGCUAUAAUCCCUAUGAGCCUACGGUGGAAUGGUUCACCAGCAAGGAGGAGAUUAUGCCUUUAAGUGCUGCCCCCGAGCCAAAGCGUCGAUUUGUGCCAUCGAAGCACGAGGCUAAGCGGGUCAUGAAGAUUGUUAAGGCGAUCAGGGAAGGUCGCAUUCUACCUUACAAGCCCCCGAUAGAGGAGAGCAAGGAUCAGGAUACGAUCAACUAUGACUUGUGGGCCGAUGAAUUAGAGCGUCCAGAUCAUCCUAUGCAUAUCCCUCCUCCUAAACUUCCACCGCCUGGCUAUGAGGAAAGUUACCAUCCACCCCCUGAGUAUUUGCCCGACAAGAAGGAACGGAAGGCUUGGGAGGAAACUGAUCCUGAAGAUCGGGAGCGAGAAUAUCUUCCAAAUGAUUUCGGGUCACUCCGGAAGGUUCCUGGGUAUGAAAGUUUUGUCAAAGAGAAGUUUGAGCGCUGCCUGGACCUUUACUUAGCCCCCAGAGUCCGGAGAAGCAAGUUGAAUAUCGAUCCUGAAAGCCUUCUCCCCAAGCUCCCUAGUCCCGAGGAAUUGAAACCAUUCCCAACCACCUGCGCCACGGUAUUUAGAGGACACAAGGGUCGUGUUCGCGCAUUGGCUGUUGACCCAUCUGGCGUUUGGCUCGCUACUGGUGGUGAUGAUGGAACUGUCCGCGUCUGGGAGUUGCUUACUGGUCGUCAAUUAUGGAAUGUGAAGUUGAGUGAAGAGGAUCCGGUGAACGUGGUCCGCUGGAGGCCCGGGAACGACGCUAUUGUACUUGCAGCCGCGGCAGGCGAUGAUAUCUUCCUUGCGGUACCCCCCAUCGCUGAUCCAGAAAUUGAAAAGUCCAGUCUGGACAUCAUCGACGCAGGUUGGGGAUAUGCAGCAUCGAAGCCUCCGCCGAGCGCCGCAGAAGAAAACAAGCAAAACACCCCUCCACAAUGGAUUCGCCCAUCAUCAUCGCUCGCGGAAUCCGGGGUGUGUGCUGUCAUUCCUCUCCGAUAUGUGAUCAAGUCUCUCUCGUGGCACCGCCGCGGUGAUUACUUCGUUACUGUUUGCCCCGGUUCCUCGACCCCAGCCUCUGUUGCCGUCUCUAUUCACACACUUUCGAAACAUUUGACUCAGUUCCCCUUCCGCCGGCGUAUCAAGGGUGGCGGUCCACCUCAGACAGCCCACUUCCACCCCUCAAAGCCUAUCCUUUUCGUUGCAAAUCAACGAACAAUCCGUGCCUACGAUCUAUCCCGUCAACUUCUCGUAAAGAUCAUUCAACCUGGAGCUCGCUGGAUUUCUUCUUUCGACAUCCACCCGACAUCUUCCACUACCUCCGGUGGUGACAAUCUCAUUGUUGGAUCUUACGACCGUCGUCUAUUGUGGCAUGAUCUCGAACUUUCCCAGCGUCCAUACAAAACAUUACGGUACCACCGCAAGGCUAUCCGCUCUGUACGGUUUCACCCAAGUGGGCGCUAUCCUUUGUUUGCUGAUGCAAGUGAUGAUGGUUCCCUUCAAAUCUUCCACGGCAGCGUUACGGGUGACAUGCUCAGCAAUGCCAGUAUUGUACCUCUCAAGGUUCUCAAGGGCCACAAGAUUACCGGAGAAUUGGGUGUCUUGGAUGUUGAUUGGCACCCUCGGGAAGCUUGGUGUGUCAGUGCAGGCGCGGAUGGAACCUGUCGGUUGUGGAUGUGAUUGCACUUUAACUGCUAAGUAUAUAUUGACAGUCAACGCUGCCAUCGUUUUGCCUAGCUAUAUCUACAUGAGGCGUUUGGUGUGUAUAAUAUUAGUCUUAGAUAUCCAUCGCAAAAGUUUUGUCUACUGUAUCCCACCUUUACGUCUCCAAGACGUAGCAUAUUAUAAGAUAUAGAAGACGUCUAAUUGUUUACUUUUCUCUUCUCUCCUUUUCAUCUUUCUCGUUGUCUUUCUUUUAUUUUCUUUCCCGGUCAUUAGACGAAGGCAUUUGAUCACUCGGCAAGCGACAGAGUUGUAUCAUUGGCAUGAUCACUGCAUGUCCCUAAC